UGUAACCCGAUCAGUUUAGUUUGGAGAGUAAGGAUCAGAAGUUGAAGACAUGAAGGUUAUUGCAAUUAUUUUCCUGGUGCAUUAUGUCAUUUUCACAGAUGCUGAAGAAGGAGCCAGCAAAUACUGCAAGACAGCUGACGAAAAGUGGGAUGAGCUCAAGGAAAUGAUUGAGAGUUUAAACUGUCCUUGCCCAGGUAGUUUAAAAAUGUAGUUUUCAAUUUAAUUCGCCGAAUCUUUACUUGCUUCAUAUUUUCAGUUUUUUAUCUCUUUCUAUGAAAAUCUGUGAAACCAAGGCUUGAAAAAUCCAAAAGAAGAGUUUAAAGUUUUGGUUAUCCCUUUUUUUUUUUAUCUAGAGCCGCCUCCAGAACCACUCGAGUCUUGCAAAUACGGCUUUGAAGACGGGGAAAAGUAAGUAGUCAUAAUAUCUUAAUGCUUAAGCUUAUACAAAAAACACUGGAAAUAAAAAAUAUUCACAUUUAUGCUAAUAACACAAAUUUUUUUUUUUGUGGAUCAAGAGCGAACAAGGAUUACGUACUCCAGGUGGACGAAUUCACGAAACUGCCUGUUUAUUGUAACAUGGAUGGCGCUGGUCUCGGCGACUGUGGAGGUGGAGGAUGGACGCUGGUCAUGAAGAUUGAUGGCGCAAAGGUAGUUUAAGAGUUGCCAUUUCAUCCACUCACAUUGUCCUUGAACUGUCCUUGAAAUAUUUCACGUGAACUUUUUCAUUAGUAUAUGUUAGAUGCAAUGAUUAAGUUUCAUUCCACAUUUUCCUUGAGUGUCAUUAACAUAUGUUAGCUGCAAUGAUUAAGUUAGUUGCAUUCCAUGUCCGUUCUUGAUACACUAUGCAGUAAUUUAGCACCAUAUCAAAGUGCCUCUCUAGUAUGUAGCAACUAUCAAACUCAAAUUGCAAAUGGGCACAUCUUCUGUGUGAGCAGAAAAACUGGAACAACAACAUCGGAUAUCUGUUACCAGGAUCAUUAACAAAAAUAUUAUAGAAGAGUUCUCCGGCCAAAAAGGUCUUAAUUAACGGUAAGCUUUCAGUCUACCUGCAAAGAAGCAGAUAGAACAGGAUAAUUGUUGCUUAAUUAAUGCUGAAAAAAGGAAAGAUAAUCUCCAGUCUUAUAACAAUCAUCACAUGGGUUGGACCUUAUGACAACUUUAUCGACAAAAUUCUAAAAUUUUGAGUCGCGCAUUUUAUGAAGUGAAAGGGGAGACAUAAAAUUCCUUUUUGAAACAAAUGCUAUUCGGGGUUGCAGUUAUCUAUUUACUAUCAGGGCGACUUAAGGGUGCAGCAACUAUCAAACUCAAAUUGCAAAUGGGCACAUCUUCUGUGUGAGCAGAAAAACUGGAACAACAACAUCGGAUAUCUGUUACCAGGAUCAUUAACAAAAAUAUUUAUAGAAGAGUUCUCCGGCCAAAAAGGUCUUAAUUAACGAUAAGCUUUCAGUCUACCUGCAAAGAAGCAGAUAGAACAGGAUAAUUGUUGCUUAAUUAAUGCUGAAAAAAGGAAAGAUAAUCUCCAGUCUUAUAACAAUCAUCACAUGGGUUGGACCUUGUGACAACUUUAUCGAUAAAAUUCUAAAAUUUUGAGUCGCGCAUUUUAUGAAGUGAAAGGGGAGACAUAGAAUUCCUUUUUGAAACAAAUGCUAUUCGGGGUUGCAGUUAUCUAUUUACUAUCAGGGCGACUUAAGGGUGCAGCAACUAUCAAACUCAAAUUGCAAAUGGGCACAUCUUCUGUGUGAGCAGAAAAACUGGAACAACAACAUCGGAUAUCUGUUACCAGGAUCAUUAACAAAAAUAUUUAUAGAAGAGUUCUCCGGCCAAAAAGGUCUUAAUUAACGAUAAGCUUUCAGUCUACCUGCAAAGAAGCAGAUAUAACAGGAUAAUUGUUGCUUAAUUAAUGCUGAAAAAAGGAAAGAUAAUCUCCAGUCUUAUAACAAUCAUCACAUGGGUUGGACCUUGUGACAACUUUAUCGAUAAAAUUCUAAAAUUUUGAGUCGCGCAUUUUAUGAAGUGAAAGGGGAGACAUAGAAUUCCUUUUUGAAACAAAUGCUAUUCGGGGUUGCAGUUAUCUAUUUACUAUCAGGGCUCUUUUGUUUACUGUUAUAGUCCACAUUCAAAUAUGACUCACCUUUCUGGAGCGACAAGAAAGAAUACGAACCCUCAAACGGGAGAAAUUUGGACGCCGGAGAGACCAAGUUGCCAACCUAUUGGAGCACCUCCUUUACAAAGAUCUGCCUGGGUAUGAAGGUUGGUGCGGAAAGUAAGUUCAUCGUUUUGAACCAGGAGGCAAGCUCGCUGCACUCCCUGAUAGCUGAUGGCCAAUAUCGCCAAACCUCACUGGGCCGAGAAGCAUGGAAGAAUCUCAUCAGUGAAGCCUCCCUACAGCAAAAAUGCAAUAAAGAAGGCUUCAACGUCGUGAGCGAUGUGCCAAAUUUUUCGAAAGCACGAAUUGGUAUCGUGGGCAACAAUGAAAACGCUUGCACGACCAGUGAUUCCCGAAUCGGAUUUGGUACCGCUGGAUAUCCAGACGAUACCAAUUCGUGUGGCAACGAGGCCAAGCACGGUGGAGAUAAAGGCGACAAAUCCACCGAAGCCAUGGGAUACAUCUUUGUUCAGUAGAAACAGUGGAACUUCAAGCAUUGGGGGCUGGGCUAAGCUACUUGCUGCUAAACAUAGUUUUAGUACAUGCAGACUAAAAAGUGUUAUUGGUGUAAAAAAGUAAUCAUUAAAAAUGGAUUAUUGGGUG